AUGCUGAAGCACACGGCGCAGGCGCAGGGCCCGCCCACGGCCACCAACACCACCAGCUCGGACCACCACCACCACCACCAGCACCAGCACCACCACGCGCACCCGGCCGCCAACCUCAGCCUCAACCUGUCGCAGCGCCUCAACCACUCGCACGUCUCCACGCUCAGCACCUCCAAGCACUCCCUCGGCAAUGCCAGCAGCGUCAGCCCCGGAGGCGGUGGCGGCAUCGUGGUGGCCAAUGGCGGACCGGGCAGUACAGCGGCACUGCCCAAGAUGGCAAAUGGUGGCCUCCACAUCUCACGGUCCUCGGCCCACCACACGCAGGGAGCACAUACAAUCUCCGGCCGGCACCACACCUCCGGACAUGCCUCACCCACUGGAGGCAGCCGGUUCUCGUGGCGCAGCUACUACCACGGGCAGCUGGGCCCGCCGCGAGAGGCGCUGGGGUCGCUGGGCCUGCUGUGCCUGGCCAGCCUGCUGCUGGCGCUGCUGUCGCUCAUCUUCCUGCUGCGGUUGGCGCCCCUGCCCGCGGGGGAGCCCCCCUCGGACGAGUACGUGCUGGUGCACGACGCCACGCUGGCGCUGUGUGCGCUCGCGCUGUCGCUCAACCUGUGCUGCCUGCUCGUCUGUGCCGUGCAGGUGCUCUUCGCCGUCCGCCUCGUGCGAUCGCCGCACGGCGCCGAGAGAACUAACAAGUACCUGCAAAAAUCAUCAAUAACAAGAAUGUGCGCAGUAAGCGGAUUCUUCAUUUCCAUUCCUGUUUUCCUCACAGGAAUCAUCUUGUACACAUUCAUCCAAUUCCAUUCAACUCCAGCCAUAAUAACCAGCGUAUUUAUUGGUGUUGGUAUUGUGUUCUGUGGUUGUGCCAUGGUUCACAAUGUUUUCGUGUGGCAAAGGGAGAAGACAAAUGCAGUUCGUGCCUUGGCACUACAGCAACAGCAACAGCACCAACACCAACCGUCGCUUCGCCAGCCGACGUCCCCCACACCGUCAGUGGAUCUUUCCAAGGUUGCCUCUGGCCUGCCUCGUGAAGCAAGUGGUAGUGUGAGUCCGGGUGUUCCUGUGGCUACUCUAGACCUCAGCACAGCUGUGUCACCACACGAAUUAUCGACACUUGUGUGAAAUGUCAGUUUCAUAAAUUUACUUGUGUAACUGGUGUUUGGUGAUUUUUUUUUUGGCCUGCUCACAAACAUGUUUUACAAAUAGAUAUCACAGGAUGAAAUGUGUCAGUGCCAGUGUUAUUUACAAGGAGAAAAUUAAAUCC